AUGAAAAGAAGAAACCUCGCCGCCUUGCCGGGGUUACAAGCUGCUGCAGCGCUUUAUCUGGCGCGCGCCUCGGAAGCCAAGGUCUUUUGCGCCGACACCAACGUUGUCUCGGACGCGAGUUGCCAGGGCGCCCACACUUCAGACCAGUUCUUCGCAGCAGACACCCAAGUCGAUCCGGACGUCUAUGACGCCUCCAACGCAAUUAUGCGAAAAUACCCGCCGCCAACACAAGGUGCUUCCGCUCCCCAGAGCUUUAGGAGCUUGCAGUUGCGCCAGGACGACUGGUAUUGCGACACUGAUGGCUCCGGUGUUGGUAGGGCAGGAGGAAAUGGAGCCAUCAUCGUCGGUUAUUUCGGUCGUGGCACCGGGAGUAGUGGUGGCUAG